AUGGCUGGCAUUGACGAUAGUGUUGCUAUAAUUGGUGAUUGGGUGCCUCCUAGUCCCAGCCCAAGAGCAUUUUUCUCAGCUAUGUUAGGUGAUAAUAUUAACUCCAGAACAAGUCCAGAACCUCUUGGGGACAAUAGAAAUGAAGGGCUCUUUCUGGGACCACCAGUGCAGACGACUACAGGAAAUGCUGAGAAAAAGGAUGGAGCACAAAAUAGCAGUGCUCAAUUGACUGAAUUAGGCUCAUUUUCUGAGCAAAAAUCAAACUCACGUGGAGGUCUUGUUGAAAGAAUGGCAGCCAGAGCUGGAUUUAAUGCUCCAAGGUUGAAUACUGAAAGUAUCAAGUCUGCUGAAAUUUCACUGAACCCUGAGAUUAGGUCUCCCUAUUUGACAAUACCACCUGGUCUCAGCCCAACAACCUUGCUGGAAUCGCCAGUUUUCCUUUCAAAUUUGGCUCAGCCAUCUCCAACAACUGGAAAAUUUUCAUUUUUUCCAAAUGGUAACUGUAAGAACUCCACAGUGGACUCAGAGCUCCCUGAUAGAAGUAAAGAAACUUUCUUCGAAGACAUCAAUUCAUCUUCAUUUGCAUUCAAGCCUAUGGGAGAAUCGGGUUCUUCUUUUUUCCAUGGCGGAAUAAGCAAGAUAACUUCAGGCACUUUUCCGCAGCAAUCCUUUCCCAGUAUCGAUGUUUCUGUUCACUCUGAGAAUGCUCUUGAGUCACAUGGUGCAGAACCUGCCAAAGCUCAGUCUGAGAGUAGAAACUCCCUCCAUUUUCCAGUAGAAUUCUCCAAAUUGACUACUGAAAAGGAUAAUGUAGGUAAUACCGUAGCAGAUCAGAGGACCUUCGAUGCUGUUGGUGGCAAUGCUGAGCAUUCUUCCCCUCUUGAGGAGCAACAAGAUGAAGAAGGAGAUCAAAGAGCCAGUGGAGAUUCAAUGGCUGCUGGCGGCACUGGGUGCACACUAUCUGAGGAUGGAUAUAAUUGGAGAAAAUAUGGACAGAAACAAGUAAAAGGAAGCGAGUAUCCUCGGAGUUAUUACAAGUGCACGCAUCCAAAUUGCCCAGUUAAGAAGAAAGUGGAACGUUCUCAUGAGGGCCAUAUAACAGAGAUUAUAUAUAAGGGGGCACACAACCAUCCGAAGCCGCCACCCAACCGGAGGUCAGCCAUUGGAUCAAUGGACACACAACUGGAUAUUCCCGAACAAGGUGGGCUACAGAUUGGUUCUGUUAAUGACUCGGUUUGGGCUGGUACACAAAAGGGAACUGCUGCUGGAACUUCUGAUUGGAGGCAUGACAAUCUCGAGGCUACAUCUUCAGCAUCUGGGGGCCCAGGCCCUGAAUUCGGGAAUCCAUCUUCCUUGGUACAGGCUCAGAGCGGAACUCCCUUUGAGUCAGCUGAUGCUGUAGACGCCUCAUCUACCUUUUCAAAUGAUGAAGAUGAUGAUCGGGCUACACAUGGUAGUGUAGGCUAUGAUGGUGAAGGAGAAGAAUCUGAGUCGAAGAGAAGGAAAAUUGAAACAUAUGCAACUGAAAUGAGUGGAGCCACCAGAGCUAUUCGUGAACCUAGAGUUGUGGUCCAGACAACCAGCGAGGUAGAUAUCCUUGAUGAUGGAUAUCGCUGGCGAAAGUAUGGGCAGAAAGUUGUUAAAGGAAAUCCAAAUCCUAGGAGUUAUUACAAGUGUACUAGCGCAGGCUGCACAGUGAGAAAGCAUGUGGAAAGAGCGUCACAUGACCUUAAGUCGGUGAUCACUACGUAUGAGGGGAAGCACAAUCAUGAUGUUCCUGCUGCUCGCAAUAGCAGCCAUGUCAACUCUGGCACCUCCAAUGCCACCCAAGCCCAAGCUGCUGUUGCUGUCCAAACCCAUGCUCACAGACCCGAGCCAUCACAAGUUCACAACAGCAUGGCUAGGUUUGAGAGGCCUCCUCCUGCAUUUGGAUCCUUUAACCUACCUGGAAGGCAGCAGCUGGGGCCUUCACCUGGUUUCUCUUUUGGAAUGAAUCAACAUGGGUUGGCCAAUCUUGCAAUGGCUGGGUUUGGUCCUGGCCAACCAAAGAUGCCUGUUAUGCCCAUUCAUCCAUUCUUAGCGCAACAACGUCCUGGGAAUGAAAUGGGGUUCAUGAUGCCGAAAGGAGAACCGAAACUGGAGCCUGUAACAGAACCUAAUCUGAACCUCGCCAACAAUCCAACAGUGUAUCAGCAAAUCAUGAGUAGGCUGCCUCUUGGGCCUCAGAUGUAA